GUGCAGAUUGCUUUGAGCAAACUCAUGUCACGGUAUGACAGGACCACCGGUGACGAAGUCGCCCAAAACAUGAAGUCGAGCACGAUCAUGGCGCACGCACACGAGGAAGUGAAAACGCUGUUCGCAUCGGCUCAGUGCGGGGUUCGCAAUGACAUCCAGCAGAUGAGGGGGUGCAUCUUCGAGGCGGCCAUCGGGCCGAGGCUGAGACGACAUGCGAUCUCCAAGGGCAAGGACGAAGGCAAGGGCGGAUGCCAGAUCUGCCACAGGCCAAACCACACUGCCAAGGGGUGCAACUUGCGGGGCAAGGACAAUGGGACAAGGAAAGAGCAAGGCUUGAAGCUACAGGACCAGCACAGGCCCUACGGGAAAGAUUACCGAAUGUCAACGAUCAACAACGACGUCUUCACUGGCAAAUGCGACCAUUGCCACAAGACAGCGCACAAUAAGGCCGACAUCCGAAAGGAAGCAGCCGAAGAGAAAGCCAAAGGAAACGCCGCGAUUCAGCAGGACGACUCAUCAGGACGAGUCAGCAGGGCGAAGAUCGAGCGCGCGGAGGACGAGUUCGAGUGCGACAUCUUCGAUGACGACCAGCUGUGCUGCACGGCGAUGAAGGUCGACGACGCGGCGGAGGAAUGGUCCGCGAGCGACGGGGACACUGUGUUCAUCGCGCUGGACACGGCGAGCGACUACCACGUGGCGUCGAAGCCGAUCCUAUCGAUGUUCGAGGUCAUGGACGCGGGGGCGGAGUUCUGGCUGGGCGCGAAGAUUGGCGCGGCGAUGUGCCCGGGAGGCGACCUGAGCAAGGGCGCGCUGCUCACCGCAAAGAACAGCGCGCUUGGCUUCGACGCGGAGCCGUUCAGGUGUGCGAGCGAAGCCAGGGAGCGCCAGGCGAGGGCGAACGCGAACGAGCAGGAGGACGGGGGGCCGGGGCCUUCGCCUGGAGCUUCAGGCAGCGGGCCCAUCGGGGCCCCGCCAACCGAGGGGCCAGCAGCGCCAGAGCCGCUGGCCCCAGAACAUACGGCAGCAGCGCUGCGCGAGCGACUGGCUGCCCAGUCUGCGCUGCAGUGCAACGGGCAGGAGAUCGCGCCGCGCCAG